CCUCUCGUCACCACGAAGUAAACAACGUCACAAGAGGAAAAGGGAAAGAACAAAAAGAAAAUCUGAAUACGGCGAUUCGGCUCCGGCUCGAGAUUCUUUGCUUCGCUUCUUGCCCUUGAUCCGCCUACUUCGCCGUCCGUCGCCAUCCAAGCCUGCUGCUGCUCCAGGAUUUGCUGCUCAUGUCCGAGCCUGCCUAGUCAAGGCGUCAUUCUUGGGAGCCUUCUCUGAGCGGUUUCCUCACCCAGGCCAGGCCAGAUCCCGUCAUUCCACUACACUUUUAUUUCGACACAUGUCCAAGCUUGCCGAUUGCGUUCUUGUUGACUCAACUGGCUGAGGGUGCUCCUCUAGUUGCAAUACACGCCGGUGAGGUGCAAAGGACAUACCUUUGAAGAUCAAUAGAUCAUCAGUUGACUCAAAAUGGGCCUCGAGGAGCAUGAUGUGCAACCGGCCAGCGGAGGAAAGCCUGAUGCCAUCAAGCCACCUACUCACGAUCAGAAACUGAGCACCCCCCGUGUAUCAACCUGCAGCACAGAUAAAGACUAUGGCCUCCCUCUCUGCCGGGUGUGCCAUUGCGUGGAGCCCGAUCUAAGAGGCGAGUCCGCUUUGGGUUUCCUAGGCAUCAUGCCACCUUCUCCGAACCCCUCAUGUGCCGUGAGGACCGAUGAAAAGGACUCGAGCAAUGACGCUGCCAGGAGCUCCACCUGCAAGGAUGCUCCUACGUUCCUCGAGUUCGUAAGCCCCGAGGGGGAGAUAUUCGUGUGUGCCACCGACGUGGAGUCAGGCUCGUUGCGUCGGCAGGACGACGUCGUGACUCUAGGGUGCUCUUGCAAGAACGAGCUCGCUCUCGCGCAUUACGCCUGCGCUCUCAAGUGGUUCGUCAGCCAUGGAUCCACCGUGUGUGAGAUAUGCGGCAACGUCGCUGCGAAUAUGAGGCCUGAGGAUUUCAACAAGGUCCUCGCCUCCUUGAAGGAUUAUGAAGCUUUGAAGGAGAGGACGUCAACAGGGGAGCUGUCUUACUUGCACUAUAGAGCUGAUGCAGUUGUUGAUCCGAUUGCCCUUGCGGCCAUACGAAGGCAGCGACUUUGUGAGAUUUCGUCGUGGUUCAAUCCUCACAGUACACAUGUGGUGUUUUCCCAGAGGUACAACGAAGAACCACCGGUUAGCCCGAGUAAUAAUUCUGUGGAGCAUAGUGUCGUGGCCGCAAGGGCAGCUUACGCGAGGCGGAGUUUGGGUGGUACUGGAGCUUUUGUUGCUGUUGCCCUUGGUUUUGUUGUUCUUGCAUGGUUUGUUGCUCCACAUGUUGGCAAGAAAGCUGCUGCAAUUUGUCUUCAUAUGCUUCUCGGAGGUCUAUGUUCAUUGACUAUAAUAAUCUCGCUGAGAUUUGUGUUCCCACGGAUCCAGUUCGGAUCAAUGCGAUGUUGGGCAAUCCUGUUUGUAUCCUGGUUCCUCGUCUUUGGAGUGUGGGCUUCACGGACACGCAAAUUACGCUCUUCAUGAUUAUGGAGUGUAUCCCUGGUCAUUAUGAGGAAUCAGGAUUGCGUAGCGAGAUCAGCAUCCAUGGCAGUGUUAGGGUCGCCUCUGGAGAAAUUUGCUGGAUAUAUCGUGUGUAAUGUAUGCUGUAGAAGUGAGUCGCUGGAGCAGGACAUGUGUAGAAAUGUGUGUACCUUACCUAGGUAGAGGAGGAAGAGCGUGAAGCUACGAGCCAGCAAAAAAAGAAGAAUGAAACUGAAUGACGGAGGUGUGACAUAGAGAUGGAUGGAGAUAUGUGGCUGGUAUCUGCAGGUCUUGCCGUAGAGAAAGUCGAGUGGCUUGGCGAGGAUGUCUGGGAUGGCUCGAUGAUGCGUGAGAGUCGAUGAUGUUCCCCAUGAAUCAGUUCCUAGCUGGUCGCUGGUGGGUUACACUGGCGCAUACAAAGAACACAGCGCCAUGAGAAAUUGUUGCACUGUUGUAAAUCUGUCUGAGUAAUGUGAUGUAAUUGCCAUCUUUUAUCUUGAAAUUUCAGAAGCAACUUCAAAGAGGAUAAAACCGAGUAACAGUAAUGGUUUGUUAUGAAUGCUGCCUGGAUCAGAUUCGUCA